CAACACGCGCUCUGCAUGGGUACGGACAACACAAAGGGGAGCAGUCUAGUUUCCGCACAUCGGCGUUCUUUUGUCGACGGGUGGAUUUAAACGUCGCAGAAGUUGGACGGUGAUCCAGUGUCCGUUUAAUAUCUAAUUUUUCAAACUCGGUGGCGAACAAUGCCCGGUAAAGCAGAGGUGGAUGUCGCGCUUCAGCCCGACUCAACCGUCGGUCCAGAAGCUAAGCAGAAGUCUUUCCCGUUUGUUAUAAAGAAGAUUAUGGACAUCCCUCCUCCAAACAUUCUGGAGGAAGGCGACGACGAGCUGGAGAAGGAGAAACUGUGCUCAGCUGACAAUGUGCAGGGGGGCGGGGUUGCUGCAGCCAGCGUUGGUGGGGCUUCAAGGGGAAGCAGUGGGGGCAGCGCCGGAGGCGUGUCAGCCUCCUUGACCCCAGCCAUUUGGGAGAAGACCAUUCCUUACGAUGGAGAGACCUUUCAUCUGGAGUACAUGGACCUGGAUGAGUUCCUAUCGGAGAACGGGAUCCCUGCAAGUCUGGAGGAUGAGGAGCUGCAGAAAACGCUGACUCCGGCUGAAGGCAAAGGGAAAAGCGCCCUCAAGGUUACGGGCGCUCCCAGCGCCACGACAAUGUCUGCAUCCACGUCUCCUCCGCCUGCUCCCGACACCACGACGGGCGCCUCAGAGCCGGAGGAAGCGCUAACUGUCACCACGCUACUGCCCGCCAAAUUGGAAGAGGAUGAAGAUGAUGAUGAUGAAGAUGAGGAUCAGGAAGAGGAAUCUUUGCCUCUGGAAGCAAAAGAAGAGGAAAAAGCUGUGGAAGUCAGCAAGAAGAAUCCUGGGACUGGACAGCGUAACACGCCGUCUCCCAUCAACCCGGACGACAUCGAGGUGGAUGUUAACUUUCAGCCCGAUCCGACCGACCUGGUCCUUUCCAGUGUACCGGGGGGAGAGCUGUUCAACCCACGCAAACACAAGUUCUCUGACGAGGAGCUCAAGCCGCAGCCCAUGAUCAAGAAAGCCAAGAAAGUGUUUGUUCCCAACGAACAGAAGGAUGACAAAUAUUGGUCCAGGAGGAAGAAGAACAACCUGGCCGCCAAACGAUCCCGUGAUGCCCGGCGCCUCAAAGAGAACCAGAUUACGGUGCGUGCCUCCUUCCUGGAGCGGGAAAACGCAGCCCUUCGACAGCAAGUGGCCGAAAUGCGGAAAGACUGCGGUCGCUGCAAGAACAUAGUUGCCCGCUAUGAGGCCAAGUAUGGUCCGCUGUAAAGACCUGGUAAAAAAAAAAAAUCGAAUCAUCAAUCCGACAAAAGCAGAACUUCCUAACCCGCAGAAUUCAACACAGACACAAACACACAAGGGAAAUCCAAAUUUGCACUCUUGCUGACCUCCGGUCACUGUGUCGAGCUCCAGUCGCGGGUCCGAUCCUGGCGCCGGAGUGUCUGAUACACACUUGGGGGGCUAGGCUGGCAGCGGUGGUCAUGGAAAGGAAGGUCUGUGGAGAGCGCCUGGCUCCUUCACCCAGAGGAAGGCGGCAACACUCCCAUAGAGAGAGACACACGGAAAAUACGGUUGGUCUCGAGAGGCUUUCAAGGAAGUCAGGAAAUAUGAAAAUGGCAAGCAGAUGAUACAGAGUCAAAAAAAAAAUUUUUUUUUCCUUAAAUCACUGCAUAGUACUUCCUUUAGCGGACCAAAGCAUGAGUGCCAUCAGUUGUGAAUUUAGAACGGCGCCCCCUCACCUUUCCUUGUGUCGCACGUAGAUUUUUGUGUCUUUAUUCCUUCCUAGAUGCUAAGACAGAAAAAGAAUAGAGUCCAAAUCAGGAUCUGGAAGGAAAGAAAGCGGAUAACCUCAGGUGGUGGAGGAAUGGCCGCAGAGAAUCUGUUUAGUUCUUUUGUCAAGUAACACACAUACACAACAUGUAUAGUCUUCUCCAGUGUGUAAUCCCUUGUUGCACUUUUUCUAAUGCCCUCGUGGUUGAAGGUACCUUAUAAUCACUGUGGGAGGGACGGUAGCUUAAUUUAAAGAAAAAAAAAAAAUGCAUGACGUCCCCGUAGUCAUUUCAAAUCCCGAGCCUCAAAAGGUUUGAUUAAAAAUCUGACCUUUACACAAAUAAAGUGUCGUUUUUUUUAGUAUCGGUUUAAAGGUAUCAGUGGCCCUCCCUUUUGUGGAGGGGUAUGUACGCAAGGAUGUUUAUUUUACUACACUCUGCAGGUAGAGGGCGCUAGUAGCCCUCAACUGCAUUUAGGUAGUGUGGUGAUGGCGAGGGGUUCUUAAAAAAAUGAAUUGCGACUUCCCGACAGGCUCUUAAACCCUGUAAAUAAAAUAAAAAAAAUAGCCUGGAGGUCUUUGUAUCCUAAAACAGGGAUUUUGACUGUGUCUUUAUAAUCCAAUGCUAUUCCUUAUAUUUGCCAAAUAGUCAACGAGUGCUGUAUUUAUUCUAAUGGUAAUAAUGCAUCCGUUGAUUGUGAUGUCAAAUUCUUUAUAUCUCUUUGAGGAAAAAUCAAACCAAUGACUAAGCAGGGACUCCAAUGGGUUAACUGUGUUUUGUUUUUAAAAACAGAUUUAUAUCAUGGGAUUCUCUAUCUCAAUUCAAGAUGUAAAUACAGUAUGUGCAGGGUUAUGUACCUCAUCGACCACUUCACGGUUUUGAAAUGGUUGAAGUAAGGAGUACACGGUAAAUGCAGCAUGUAGGUCUAUUUGGCAAAAUGUCCAUUUUUUAUGGGUUGCUAGACUGGCUGCCUGUUUUAAUUAGUAAGUACCUCACAGACUGUUACAAGACUCGGGCGUGUGUUCUCCCUAUGAUUUUUAUUUUUGGUAAUAGGUCGGCUUGUGCGCCAAUAAACGUGGCAAUAAUACCCUGUUAUAUAUUGCUUGUUUGAUUUCCGUGAUGUGUAAAAUUACCAUGAUGUUAUUUCGAAAAGGAAACUCCCCCCCCCCCCCCCAAAGUCUUUUUGUGCUUCCACUUUGAUCCUUUGUAGUCUAGGAUCGUAAAUGCAUGAAACCCAGUGUAAUUUGUCUUCUAUCAAUGUCUUGACGAUUUUACACCAAGUGUACUUAUGUCGGUAAACCUUCACUAAAGAGCAGACGUGCUUCAUGAUGGGCAUAUUAAUGCAGAGCAUCUGGAGUCUGAUGUUAUGACCCGCAUAAUAAUGCCAACCAUCCGAGUAUGGUUCGCUUGAUUUCCUAUUGGGGCAAAACAUCAGCUAAAAAAAAAA